GGUUUCACAUAAACUGUUUACCAGUCAUGCCACUGCAUGUCCCGUACCUAAGCUGAUAAAGCAUCUAUGCACUUUAAUCUCAAGUCUACACCACUCUGCUAGUACAGUGUGAGCUGUGCCUUGGACCUUGAAUAUAAAGACCUACUAGCCAAAGUUUUGUUCCUGCCUUAGUAAUGUUCCAGAGGUUAAAUAACAUGCUCAUGGGAGAGAUUGAUAGCUUGUCCAGCCAAGAGCCAGAGUUCAGUGAGAAAGAAGACGACGAGUGGAUUCUGGUUGACUUUAUAGCAGACACUUGCACUAAUUGCUCCGUGGAGGAAGCAGACAUCGCUGAAGCAUCAGCCACAGACGGCUCACCUGUCUUCUCUUGUUUACCAUCUCCCUUGGAACACUUGCCAGAGGCCAGCGAGUCUUGCUUCAUCCACUUUGAUUCCUGUCCCAUGGAGGAGAGCUGGUUUAUUACCCCUCCCCCAUGUUUUACUGCAGGUGGGUUAACCACUAUCAAAGUGGAAACCAGCCCAAUGGAGAACCUCCUCAUAGAGCAUCCCAGCAUGUCUGUGUAUGCUGUCCACAAUACUUGUCACAGCCUUAAUGAGACUGGAUGUGCAGAUGAGGAGUUUCACAGCCCAGGUAGUCCCAGACUGGAGGCCCGAAGUGAAACGGGACAGCGUGUUCACUGCUACGUCACGGCUCUUGCUACUCGUUCGACUUUCCUGGAAAAAAACAAGAGCUUUCGUCCUACCCACUGGAUAAAAGAACAUAAUGAAAGACACUAUCUCAAGAGAAACAGUCUCCGUCGCCAGAACCUUACCAGGGAUUGCCACUCCCGGCAAGUCAAGCACAACGGACUGUUCGUUCACCAGCCGUGCCAGCGUCAGUUCAAUUACUGAUGGCUCUUGUGGGUUUUAAUCUAUGUUCUAAUUGGGUUUUUUAGGUUGCUCUUGUUUCUCAUGCGUAGGUAAGUGUGGUCAAUCUGAAGCUGAUCAUCAGUCCCUCA